ACUGCCAACAUGAUGCCGAUGUUCCUCACCGUGUACCUCAGCAGCAGCGAGCAGCACUUCAGCGAGGUUCCCAUCACGCCGGAGACGCUCUGCAGGGACGUGGUGGAGCUGUGCAAGGAGCCCGGAGAGGCCGACUGCUACCUGGCCGAGACCUGGAGAGGCUCAGAGCACGUGGUGGGAGACGGCGAGCGCAUGUUGGAGGUGUUGCAGCGCUGGGGGCAGCAGAGAGGAGAGGUCCGAUACCUGCUGCGUCACCAGAGAGCUCCGGGACGAGACGCUGGAGGAUCCAGAGCUGCAGACCAGAUGCUGAAGAGGAACCAGCUGAAAGCUUCUCUGGAGAACGGGGUCUCAGCUCCUCGUCUGGACAUGACGCUGAGUGACCUGCAGGACCUGGCAGCCCGACAGCAGCAGCAGAUUAACGCUCAGCAGCAGCUGCUGGCAUCCAAGGAGCAGCGUCUGCGCUUCCUGAAGCUGCAGGAUCAGCGGCAGCAGCAGCAGGAGAUGUCGGAGCAGGAGCGUCUGCAGCAGCUCAGGGAGAACGCUCACAACCAGGAGGCCAAGCUGCGCCGCGUCCGGGCCCUCAGGGGCCAGGUGGAGCAGAAACGCCUCAGCAACAGCAAGCUAGUGGAUGAGAUCGAGCAGAUGACCGGUUUGUUCCAGCAGAAGCAGAGGGAGCUGCUGGUCGCCGUGUCGCGGGUGGAGGAGCUGAGCGACCAGCUGGAGGCGCUGAGGAGCGACAGGCUGGAGCCUCCUGCUGCUCCUCACCACCUCCUCCAUGCCUCCUCCACUGCUGAGCUGGAGCGCCUCUACAAGGAGCUGCAGCUGAGGAACAAGCUGAACCAGGAGCAGAGCGGCCGGCUGCAGCAGCAGAGAGACAGCCUGAACAAGAGGAACCUGGAGGUGGCAGCCAUGGACCGCCGGCUGGCCGAGCUGAGGGGGAGACUCUGGAAGAAGAAGGCAGCGCUGCAGAAGGAGAACCAGCCGGUGUGUUCGGAAGGCGCGGCCCCUCAGCACGCCGCGGGCUCCCGGGUGGCAGCGGUGGGGCCGUACAUCCAGUCGUCCUCCCAGGGGCCUCUGGGGCCCCCGGUGCCAGCGCGCCACGACGUCCCGGUGAAGCCGGCGUACCCGGACGGCACCGCCACGCUGCCCAUGCCUGACUCUGCCCUUAAGCCGCCGCCAAGACCUCAGAAACCCGCCGCAGGUUUCGCUGCAUCAAAACUAUCCAAACUCCCGGUGGAGUGGAGCGGCUCAUUGUCCAGCGAGUCCAGCGGUGGGUUCGGCCACUCCUCCACGCUGCCGCGCAUGUCCAGCCUCAGCUCGGGUGGAAAGGAUGUCCCGCCCCCUGUCCCCUCACGGACCAAUCACAUCACUGAGAACCUGCUCAGGGACCAUCAGGCUUCAGGUAAAGGUUUGUCUGGUCUGUCGAGGAUGGUUCCGCCUCCCGUCCCCAGUAAGCCCAAACCGUUCUCCUCGCCCGGCCCGCCGACCUUCUCCAAGCCACCGUACAGCACCGGGACCUUCCCCGGGAAGGUGCGGCCGGUGGGGGGCCACCUGAGGGCCCCGGGGGGCCUCUCCAGCCACAGCCACACGCUGCCUCUGCCCAACAAGCAGGAGAGCCCGCCGGCCGCUGCCGUGAGGCCCUACACCCCCGACCCGUCGGAGGCCCCGCCCCCCCUGCUGCAGAAGCCUCAGACUCUGGCGGCUUCGUCCAUCUACUCCAUGUACACGCAGCAGCAGGGGAAGGGCCACCAGCCGGGCGGCGGGGGCACGCUGCCGCGCAGCCAGCCAAGAGUGUACGGGAAACCAGUCCUCCCGGCCUGCGGGGGGCAGCAGUCCUCCUCUGACACCACGACCUCCGGGUGCUGUGUGUCCGACGGGAGCGAGACCGACGGUGGUUUCGCGGGUGCGGUUGAAGGUGUUGGGGCGGAGACGUCAGACCGAGCCACGCCCCGCCCGCUCAGCCCCACCAAGCUCCUCCCCUUCCUGUCCAACAACCCCCACAGGAACCCGAGCGACGCCGACCUGGAGGCGCUGCGGCGCCGGCUGCAUCACGCCCCCCGGCCCCUGAAGAAACGCAGCUCCAUCACGGAGCCCGAGGGCCCGGCGGGGCCAAAUAUCCAGAAGCUGCUCUACCAGAAAACCACGCUGGCUGCCAUGGAGACGCUCGCUCCGGCCGGUACAUACGUUCAGCCUCCGGAGGGCGGGACGGGCGCUGCAAUCUACGACGACCAGCUGCUCGGCGAGAGCCCCGAGGACGGCCCGACCCCGCCCCCUCUGCCCCCACGCUUGCCAAUCCCUGACCCUGCCUCCUCCCGCCCCCUGCCCCCUCCAUUGGAGGACAGGGAGGAGGAGGAGGAGACGUGUCCGUCCGCCUCCGCCCACCUGGACUUCUUCCCCGACGAGUUCCCGCCCUACCCGCCGCCGCCCUACCCCACCUGUGGCGAGGACGAGCAGGGAGAAGACGCUGCAAGCCUGCAGCCGCCGGAGGUCACCGGACAGGUCACAGCGCCACCGGGUAAGAGGACGAUCCUCCGUAAGGCCGGCUCCGAGCGGAUCGACCACAACAUGCGGGUCAAGUUCAACCCUCUGGCUCUGCUGCUGGACUCGUCUCUGGAGGGCGAGUACGACCUCGUGCAGAGGGUCAUCUACGACGUGGACGACCCCAGCAUGCCGAACGAUGAGGGCAUCACGGCGCUGCACAACGCCGUCUGCGCCGGCCACACGGAGAUCGUCAAGUUCCUGGUUCAGUUCGGAGUCAACGCCAACGCUGCCGACAGCGACGGCUGGACUCCUCUCCACUGCGCCGCCUCCUGUAACAACGUGCAGGUCUGUAAGUUCCUGGUGGAGUCGGGGGCGGCGGUGUUCGCCACCACGUACAGCGACAUGCAGACGGCUGCCGACAAGUGUGAAGAGAUGGAGGACGGCUAUGCCCAGUGCUCCCAGUUCCUCUACGGCGUUCAGGAGAAGAUGGGCGUGAUGAACCGCGGCGUGGUGUACGCGCUGUGGGACUACGAGCCUCAGAGCGACGACGAGCUCGGCUUCAUUGAGGGCGACUGCAUGACGGUGCUGAGGCGGGAGGACGACGUGGAGACGGAGUGGUGGUGGGCGAGAUGUGGCGACCGCGAGGGCUACAUACCCCGAAACCUGCUGGGGCUGUAUCUUAGGAUCAAGCCGCGGCAGAGGAGUCUGGCUUAACACCUGCAGCAGGACGGGAUUACUCGAACGGAGACAGAUGUUUUCGUUGGACCUUUUUUAAACGUCAGCACAAAGAAGAAACAAAGAGUCCUGCGUUAAAAUAAACAGAUUAACUCAAUUUUGGAGCCGAAAGAACUGACUGUCGGAUCCAGCUUUUCUAAGGUUUCAUCGUUUUCAGCUGGAGACAUGAUGAGGGAGGUCUUUAAUCUCCAGCAGUUUCACCAAAUGUAGCGAACAUUAGAAUAAAAACACAGAUUUAGUUUCUGCUUUACUACGUUUGGAGUUCUAACGGUUUAUGUACUUGUGUUGGUGGUUUACGGAGCUCUAAAGACCCGAACAGAUUUUUUUUGUUCUACGCCCAAACACAAACUCCUAUUUACAAAUCAAUAACUUGGGUGAUCAACUUAAUGACUUGUGUAAACAGAUUAAUGACUUGACGGGUUUCAUUUUGUGACUUUCCCAAUAGGAUAUUAAAUUGUGCAUUAACUUGUGUGGGAGCAAAAUGAGCUAACAAAUUAGUGAUCUGUACAAACAAAUUAAUAACUCAAAGUUGGUUACUUGUGAAAACAAGUUUGUGAUUUGUUCAAACAAAUGAAUGACUUGUGCAAACGAGAGGAACUUAUUGUGACAUGAAAAGCAUUUGUGUUAACACUUUUGUUACUUGUGGGAACAAGUUAGUGACUUUAACGAAAAAGUUAAUGACUUGUUCAAACACAGUAGUAACUCAUGCAGACAAGUUAUUGACUUGAGUGAACAAGAUAACUUGUGUGUGUAAGUUUUUACUUGAGGGAAACUGAGUGACUUGUGCAAACAAGUUAGUAAAUUGUACAAGCAAGUUAAUUACUUAUGUAAAUAAGGUUGUGAGGGAACAUAUUUGAAUAUAAUAACAACUUGUGCAAACAAGUUUAUGACUUGUGCAAACAGGAUACUGACUUGUGACUUGAAGGAACAACGUCCUAACUCAUUCAAACAGGUUGUUUGGAAGGUCUUGUGAAAACAGACUUGAGAGAACAAGUUCGUGACUUGAACCUGAAUAUAACAACUUGUUGAAACACAAUAGAAUAUCAUGCAGACAAGUUAUUGACUUGAGUGAACAAGAUAACUUGUACAAGUUUUAUUACUUGAGGGAAAAGUUGGUGACUUGUCCCCGCAGGAUACUGACUUGUUUCAAACAAGAGAGGGACUUAUUUGAUCAUAAUAAUAACUUGUGCAAACAAGUUUGUGACUUGUGCAAACAGGUUACUGACUUGUGACUUGAAGGAACAAGGUACUAACUCAUUCCAACAGGUUAUUGACUUGUGGGAAGAGGAUAACGCGUGGGAAGGUCUUGUGAAAACUGACUUGAGAGAACAAGUUAGUGAGUGAAAAAGUCAGUUGAAGAUGAUAAGUUGUUGACACACAUUAGUAACUCGUGCACACGUUAUUGACUUGAAGGAACAAGAUAACUUGUGUGUACAAUUUGUUUUACUUGAAUGAAAAAUGAGUGACUUGAGGGAACAAGUUAGUGACUCGAGGUAACAAGUUAUUGACUUGUUGGUGACCUGAGGGUACAAGCUAACGUGUCGUGCGAAAACCUAAUGACUUGUGUGAAAAAGAUAGGCACUUAUCCAACAUAAUAACUUUUGCAAAAAAGUUAGUGACUUGUUCAAACGCAAUAGGAGCUCAUGCAGACAACUUGAACAAAAUCACUUGUGUAAGUUUUAUACUUGGUGAACAAGUUGGUGACUUGUCCCCACAGGAUAGUGACUUAGUUACUUGAAGGGAAAAGGUACUCAAACUCAUGCAAACAAGUUACUGACUUGAAUGAAAAACUUAAUUGAAUAAGAUAAUAACUUGUUCAAACAAGUUAGUGACUUUUGUUCCAAAAACAAUAGUAACUCGUGGACACUAGUUAUUGACUUGAAGGAACAAGAUAACUUGUGUGUACAAGUUUUUUAUUUUACUUGAGGGAACAAGGUAGGGACUUGUGCACACAACUUUGUGAUUUGUGAAGACAACACAUUAACUCAUGCAAACAAGUUAUUGGCUUGACUGAACAAAAGUUUUUUCACUGAAGGUAACAAGUUAGUGACUUGAACAAACAAGUUAGUGACUUCAAUACAUGUAUUGUGAAAUCAAUACAUUAACUCAUACUUGUGUGAACAAGAUAAAAAAAAACUAUCUUGUUUCUUGGGAGCUCUGAGCUGAAGGUUAUCUCACUGGUAAAUUUUCAGGUUUUAUUUUUAAUUUAUUAAAUAACUGCAGCCAGUUGUUUUUGUUGUUUUGGUUUUUGCAGAUUUGAUUAAUAUCUUGUCGGAGACGCAGACAGAGCCGCUGCCGUGUGUUUGUGUGAAUGAAACGCUCUUGUUUUGAAAGACUGUGAAACAGUUUUUUGGGGUUUGCUUAUUUACAUUUUUGUUCUAAAAGUCUAUUUACAAGACUUCCUGUUUUCUUCUAGAGCGUGUCAGGUUGUUUUGCAAUUAAAAUCAUGAACAGAUAUCAUACAGUGAA